CCAGAGACCGAUUGGCGCGCGCCAUUCUUCCUCUUCGUUGGCCAUUCCGGUAUUUACUAAAUCCGUUUUUCCAGUUGCACUCCAAAACCCUACCUCCGAUCCAAAACCCUACCUCCGAACCUUACUGAGCACCAGAGACCGAUUGACGAAGUUUGCCGAUACAGGCUUUAUUCCCAAUCGGCGCCAUUUUCCGAUUUACGGGAGCUCUUCGUUCGCCAUUUUUUCCAGUUUGGCAGGAUUGAGACGAAGUCUUUGUAAAUCCUGCUUAAAAUCGACUUCCAAACGGUUCAGAGAGGCUGAUUAGCCUGCCGGUAGAACGUGGCGUGUCGAUGGGAAAGAGACCACGUCGUGGCGGCGGCCGCUCGCCGUUUUCACCAUCAUCCGUCAUGGACCGCUCCAUACUGCUCCGCCGCAUCAAAUCUCAGAAUUUAUCAAAUUCCUUCCCCGACUCAGAUAUCGUCAUUCAGCGCCUUCGUGAGCACUACCCUGAUUAUGCUCGCAUCAAGCUCCAGCCUUUCUCUGCGCGACUCCGCAAAGUUUUACAACAACUCCGCAAUAGCUCCACUAAACCGAACACCGCUGGCGACACCUCCUCGUCUUUUUCGUCUGAUGGCAAGAAGCCAUCUCGCAAGAAGCGUGGCAAGGAGGACGUGUUGGGGAGCGGCUCCUCCUUGCAGAGUCCAAGCAUCUCCGCCGGUUGCAGCGGAACCUUGGCACGUCUUGCUCAACGUCUGAUUCGUCAGAUGAUUCGACCCCCACUUCCGAUUUCUAUCAUACUGAACAAUAUUGUUGUUUUAGGUGCAUCUGAAGAAAACAUACGCGACCUUUUCAACAAGGCGUAUCGAACUGCACCUUCAAUUGUAUUCAUUGAUGAGAUAGAUGCCAUUGCUUCCAAAAGGGAGAACUUGCAGAGGGAGAUGGAGCGGAGAAUAGUGACACAACUUAUGACUUGCAUGGAUGAGUCAAACCAAACUCUGAAAACAAUUGAUAGUGAUUCUGGUACAGAAGCCUCUGAUAAAACAACAGAUAUAAGACCUGGUUAUGUUCUUGUGAUUGGAGCUACAAACAGGCCUGACGCGGUCGAUCAAGCUCUAAGAAGGCCUGGGCGCUUCGACAAAGAGAUAGCUUUAGGUGUUCCUGACGAAAAUUCACGUGCGGAGAUAUUGUCUGUGCUGACUCGUAACCUUAGAAUUGAGGGUGAAUUUGACCGCUUCGUGAUAGCAAGGUUUACGCCAGGUUUUGUUGGAGCGGACUUGGCAGCAUUGGUGAGUAAAGCCGGUAAUUUAGCUAUGAAGAGAAUAGUAGAUAAAAGAAGGUCUGAACUCUGUGGAGGACAUGAGGAAAAUGUUGACUGGUGGAGGCAUCCAUGGUCUCUUGAAGAAAUUGAGAACCUUUGUAUCACUAUGCUUGAUUUUGAGGAAGCUGCCAAACUUGUCCAACCCUCUACUAGAAGAGAGGGAUUUUCGUUGAUUCCUACUAUCAGAUGGGAAGAUGUUGGUGGUCUUGAUUCGUUGAGGAAAGCAUUUGAUCGUUACAUUAUUCAACGCAUAAAGCAUCCCGAGGAUUACGAGGAACUUGGGGUGGACAUGGAGGUUGGUUUUUUGCUUUAUGGACCUCCCGGGUGUGGGAAAACAUUGAUUGCAAAGGCUGUAGCCAACGAGGCAGGUGCCAACUUUAUACAUAUCAAGGGCCCUGAGAUUCUAAGAAAAUAUGUUGGAGAAAGCGAGCAAGAAGUUAGAACAAUAUUUAGCCGCGCGAGAACUUGUUCUCCGUGCAUACUUUUCUUUGAUGAAGUGGAUGCUUUGACACCAAAGAGAGGAAGAGAAGGAGCGUGGGUUGUCGAACGGGCCCUUAACCAGCUGCUUAUAGAAUUAGAUGGUGCUGAUCAGCGGCGUGGUGUUUACGUUAUUGGAGCUACGAACAGGAACAGUUUUGAAGUGAUCGACCCUGCCAUUCUACGGCCGGGUAGAUUUGGAAGACUCUUUUACGUCCCUCUUCCAAGUGCCGAGGAACGGGGUUUGAUUUUGAAAUCACUUUCUCGUAAAAAGCCUGUUUCUCCGGAUUUUGAUUACAAUGGCCUUGCUUCUAGAGAGGCAUGUAGGAAUCUCACUGGGGCUGAUCUUGCUGCUCUGGUAAAUGAAGCUGCCAUGAUUGUAAAGGAGGAGAAACAGAUGCAUGUGGACCAAGGGAUUUCGUAUGAUUCACCAUUGGUGAUAAAGACAUCACACUUUGAAAAGGCUCUUGAGGAGAUUGUCCCAUCAGUCUCAGAGGAGCAAAGGCGUUACUAUGAGGCCUUGUCCCAGAACUUCAGAGUAUCAUGAAAUGAGACCCUCCAAUCAACUUGAUAAGCGCGAUAUUAUAUUUCAAGAUUGAGUUUGCGGGUUAGCUCUGCAAUAAAUUGUCACAAUGGAGUAUUUUAAAGGUACAUAAUUUUUAUUGAGCUAAUCAUGAAAAGUUUUAUCAGGAGGAGGCUGCUUCUACGUGCUAGGUAAACUAUUUUUGGUUUUAUAGAUUAUCAAUUUUAUACUUUUUCUUGAUAAAGUUGUAUAAUCAGGAAAAUUAUUAAAAGCUGUGGUAAUUUUAUGUGAGUUUGACCGGAGGGCAUGUAGAUGAGUAAUUAUUUUUUGAAAAUUUUAAGUCUCGUCUUACAUUUUGUAGUGUAUUAUUUCUAUUCCUGAUGGUUUUCUUCAUUUUUCUGCAAAAGCAAAUUGUUUUGAAAUAUAUUGUCAGAUUUCAUGUGGUGUGAUACUUUAUUUAAUGAAUUAAACCUUUAGAUGGUCCUAAUUUAUGAUUUUAUCUGUUGUGUUCUACAUGAGCAUAUAUAAGCCUUUAAAUGAAUCAGGUCAUGAUUUCCAUCCAAACGUAUAUUUAAGCAUAUGAUACCUUAAAUUGUGUAACCAGGCAUCCAAUUUUUCAGGAUCACCCGAUCAUUCUAUUGAAAUUAUGGAUAAAAAUCUUAGGAUUUAUUCUUUGACAUCAUUUGUCAUUUUCUUUCCCAUGGGUUGUUUGGACACCCUCUUCUUCCACAGCCGUUUGGCUGUCGCCCAUCGUUCUUACUCUUCAAACUAU